GUCGCCCUUUUAAAAGGUGGGUCCCUGGGUCUUGUGCAAGGCAGUCUCUCUCCUUUGACCUUUGGACUGCCAAAUAGUUCCCUUUUGCCUAUGGGGUGGGCUGUGUGGGAAAGCGGCUGGCGAGGCGACGCUGGAGCUGCGAGAGGAACGCCUGCGUGUCAGGCUGGCCAGCCGGCCGCUUAACCCUCCAACUUGCUUCCCAGUGUGUUCCCAAGACCUUGCACUCCCAACCAGCUGAGCCGCGCGGCCCCUUUUUCUUACCAUGAAACCGCAUCCACUCUUUUUGACCAUCGCCUUGUUCCUCUUUGCCUUCCCCUUCUACAUGAUGGACGGCCUGGCUGCCCUGGACAACCCCUCGGCCAUCGCAGUGACUGCCUUCGGGAUCCUCUUAUUCCUGUUUGCUCUGGUUUAUUCCGCAAGUGACUCUGAGGAUGCCCUCUUCUACGUGUUCGUUGUACUUUCCUUCGUGUCGGGAAUCAGCGCCGUCAUUGUUCUGGAAGAAGAUGGCUACAUAAGCAACUUCCUGGAAGGUUACAUGAGACAGGGUGAGCCAUACCUAAGCACAGCUCACGGUAUGAUGAACUGCUACUGGGCUGCCACCACCCACUUCGCCCUCCAGCUGGCCAUGAUUGCAGCCAUCACUCAAAGAAAGAGUUUCCGGAACCUUGGGCUCUACUGGGUCGGAUCCCUCACCAUGAACUUUUCCGUCUAUCUGCUGGGGAAUGUGGUUGGGAAAUAUGGUUCUGAGAUCCGUCCAGACUUCUUCCUCAACAUCCCUUUGCUCCUCGCCCUCAUAUGGGCUGCCUCCAGGAUCUUUGCCCAGCCCAAGACCCUGUCCCUUGAGACGGCCGAUAAGGUUUCGGAAGAGCAGCGCAAAAGCCUCCUGCAGCGCCCGCUGGACUUGGUCCUGGUGGGCUUCCUCCUUUUCAACGUCAGCUUCACUCUGUUCCGGGGACUGGUCGUUCUGGACUGCAAGGCGGACGUCUGCUUUGACUACAUCAACCAGCAGGAGCCGUACCUGCGCGACCCGGUGGCUUAUCCCAAAAUCCAGAUGCUCGUCUUCCUGUUCUACGGCCUGCCAUAUUUCUGCCUCUGCCUUUACGGCUUGCUCACCCCGGGAAGCUCAUGGAUGCCCGACUGGGCCCUGAUCUCUGCUGGCGCCAUUGCCCAGGCCCAGUUCUCUCACAUUGGCUCUUCGCUACACCAGCACACCCCAUUUCCUUACCGCACCCCCGAAAGUGCCUGGUGGCUGGUCACCCUUUUCAACCUCGCCUACGCCGUGGGGCCUCACCUUCUGGUGUACCGCUGCCUUCGCAAUCCGGCCUUCUUCUCCCCGGUGGUCUCGCAAGACGACAUCAAGAAGAAGCAAUGAAGCAGAGGAGCCGGGGGUCGCCUCCUUCCACUGUCCGGCCGCAAACCAGAUCACAUUGUGCAAAGCCAAAAAACCACAAACCCUGCUCACCAGUUUGCCUGUGGGUUUUUGUUUUUUAAUAUCUCUGUGGCUUCAGGUCCACUCAGGGGUUCUCCUGAAGCUCCCAGCAGCAGCUGCCUUGUCUACUCAGUGCUAGCACACUUCACAGAAUUGUCAAGAUGGAAGGGACCUCUCAGGGCCAUCUAGUCCAACCCCCUGCAAUGCAGGAAUCUCAGCUGAAGGAUCACUGGCAUACAGCCACCCAACCUCUGUUUAAAAACCUCCAAGGAAAGAGACUGCAUCACCUCCCAUUCCACGGUUGAACAACUCUUGCCGUCAGAAAGUUGGAGUCCCCUUUCUUAGUGUUUGAAUCCGCUGGUUCGGGUCCUGCCCAGACUAGCCAGCCAGGGCACCACAGUCAGCAAACAUCGUCAGGUGUCUGGACAGAAAGGAGACAAGCCACUCUCUCAAAUUUCAGCUGUAGACUGCCUCUUUCUGUGGCACUUGUGUGAUGCUCUUGGGUGGUCUUUGGCUAAGGGGCUGGGCAGUUUCUAAAACCUUUAAAAGCUCUUAUGCGCCCUUGUUCUGCGCCCUCACCUCCUUGCAAAGUGGGAGACAGGAAAAAUAAAGAUCUUCCUUGCUUUCCUUUUCCACUUCCUGCCUCCACUCACUUUCCUCUGACGGAGAACAGAUUUAGGGGGACGCUGGAUCCCUUGAUGGAGAGAUGGGCUGUAAAAACCAACCCUGUUUUUUUCUAGAACAAUGCUGACUUAUAAAUGAAAGGUGUUGUUGCACAAGAUAGAAGUGGACACCUAGAAUUGGAACGGACAUGGGGACACUCACAUAUGUCAUUGUUUACAAAAUAAAAACAUUUAUAGAUGGUUUUUGAACUGCU